AUGAAGGUAACUAAAAGUAAAAGAAAUAGAAGGAUUGUUGAGUUUUAUAAGACUUUACACAGUCUCACUGAACCUUAUAGAGUACUAGUGGACGGUAGCUUCGUGUUCGCUGCUCUGAAGAAUAAGAUACACAUCAAGGAGCAGUUGCCGAUCCUUCUAGGAGGGUCCGCCGUACCAUACGUUUCCAACUGUAUUUUGAAUGAACUGAAGAACAUGGGCGAGGACCUCAGUGGAGCCGUGCUUGUAGUGAAGCAUUACCAAAAGUAG